UCAACCACAUUUGAACCUGUGGCAUCAACACUGGUAACAUUUGACCAAACAGCUAUAGGGACAUUAGGGUAUACCACACACAAUACACAAACAGUCACAGAUAAUUUAGGCACAUCUCCUUCAACAAUGGACAAUGAUGCUAAAACCACCACUGCUGCAUCCACUACAACUACACUAAAGGGGCAAUCCACAGCAUCAGUCACUUCUUCAACAAUGGCUGAACCUACAACCACUACAGAAACAACAGAGAUGACCACACCUUAUAAACCACAGAGCACAGCAACAAGAACUUCAUCUUCUCUGACAACUGCAUAUGUUGCAAUAACAACCACUUCUUCAUCAACCGCAUUUAAACCUUCAACUGAAACAUAUGACCAAACAACAGUUGCAGUCAUAUCCCCAAGAUCCACUGAAGUUACCAUUACUAGGGAAACAACACAGACUGCUACACCUAAUACACCCACAACCACAGCUCCAUUAAAUUUGUCUGCUCCAACAACAGAAAAUGUUGCCACGACAUCCAUUGCAGCAUCAACUACAUUAGAACCUGUAGAAACAACACCUGCAGUAUCUGACCAAACAACAGUUUUAGUCACUUCACCAACAACAGCAAAAGGUACUCAAACUUCAGGUACAUUAAGGAUUACAAUACCAAAUUCACGAACAACAACAGCUAAAUUAGACACAAUAGUUUCAACAACGGAAAAUGUUGCUAUGUCGUCCACUGCUGGAUCAACUACAUAUAGGCCUGUAGAACCAACAACGGAAAUGUUCGGCCAAUCAACACUUGAACUCAGUGCUAGAACAACAGCUGAAGAUACCUCAGCUACAGUCAAUGCAAAGAUUACUACACCAAAUUUACCAACAGACACAGCUAUGUUGGAGUCAUUCACAACAGUAACAGAAAGUGUUGCCACAUCAACCACUGCUGCAUCAACAACAUUUGAAACUGUGGAAACAACCCCUGCAUUGUUUGACCAAACAACAGUAGUAGUCACUUCUCCAACUACAGUAAAGGCUAAGAUACCAACAACCACAUCUAGAAUAGACACAUCCACUACAACUGAGGAAAAUAUUGCUACAUCAACAACUGCAUUAUCAUCCCCUAAUAAUCUUAAUAGCAGAUCUACAACAGCUUCACCUGCUGUAACAUCAAAAAAUGUUGCAACAAUCACUGCUGCAUCAACUACAAUCAAACCUGUAGAAAUAACAUCUACUGUUUUUGACCAAACAACAAAUGCUAGGUUAGAUCAAACAACAGUGUUAUUUACCUCACCAACAACAACUGAAGGUACUCUAACUACAAGGACAUCAACAACAAACAUCCCUUUUACACCAGGAACCGCAGCUAAAUUAGACACAUCCACUGCAACAAAAAACAAUGUCUCUACCUCAACUAUUGCUGCAUCCACUAUAUUUAAGGCUGUAGAAACAACAGCUGAAUUUUUUGGCCAAUCAACAAUUGUAGCUGAAAAUACAACAGCUGAAAAAACCUUAACCAAAGUAACAUCAGAAAACACCACAAUGUAUGCACCAAAGAGUGCAGCUUCAUCUGAUUUAUCUUCUUCAACAACAGAAAUUGGUGCCACAUCAAACUUUGAAGCAUCAACCACAUUCAGACCCCCCGAACAAACAACAACAUUAUUAGACCAAAAUACAGCUGUAGGCACUUCAACAACAACAGCGGAAGCUACCUCAAGUAAGGCAACAUCAGUGACAACCGCAGCCAAUGUACCAUCACCAGCAACAGAGAAUUUCGUGACACUGAGCACCCCUGCAUCAACAACAUAUAAACACACAAAAACAUCAACUGCAAUGUUUGACCAAAUAACAUCAGUGGUCACUUUCCCAGCAACAACUAAGGGUACCUUUGUCACAUUAGCAUCUCAAGGAAGCACAGCAGAACCAGCACCUGAAGCAACAAAAGCUACAUCCAGUUCCACAACUGAAACUCAACGUUUAACAAGCACUGUUGUGGCAACUUUGACAAAAGCUACACCAUCUACUGCAUCAACAACUCUGGUGACCGCCACCACCACAUCUAAAACAACAACUUCUACAACCGAAGUGAAUAAAACAAAAAAGAGAUUAACCUUCAGAUCUGAUGGAGAGACAUUCACAACUGCUUUGCAGAACCAAUCAUCACCAGCCUUUAAAGAGCGGGCUAACUUGAUCAAGUCUAAAGUAAGUUCAUUUUGUCUUAUUCAUAAAGAAAAAUAAAUCGCAAGUAAUUUCAAUAAACUAUCACAUUUUUUGUGUUAUUCAACUAUACGUCAAUUGCAUGGCAUGCUGAUUGGCCAUUUGACCAUUCUCAAAUUCAUACAUAAGUCACUGCUCGUGCAU